AUGUCUGCAAUCAUUGACCUAGCGGGUUCAUCACCCAAUAUCACAACACGUCAAACUCGCAGCUCAACCCGUCAAGCUCUCUCGUCGAUUGCUCCACCCUUGAAGAGGGACCAAAGUCCAGACUCAUCCUCCAAGAAGCCUCCGAUAGGCCUCAUACCAUCAGAUUCCUUCAUAUCUCGGAUUCCUCUUCCUGGCGAUGACCGCGAUAUCCUGGUCUCUAAACGUGACUGGCUCACUUCUCACACCAUCUCCCUCCCCCGAGAUGUCCUUGGAUCUAUUAAUCUCAACCCUGCGAUAUACUUUAAUCCUGUUGACGCAACUUAUGUCUUUGCUCAGGCUCAUGCUGGUACCGCAGUCUGCAUCUCACCGGACGGUGUCCUCCUCACCUGUGCCCAUUGCAUUGCAGACAAGCCCUCUGAGCUUACCACCAGGCCUUGGCAUGUCCUCAUAUCCUCAAGCGGGAGCGUUGUGUUGACAAAAGUAAUCUCAUGGGAUCCAGUGCGAGAUCUUGCUCUUCUCCUUAUCGAUCGAGCCCAGUCCCCCCACAGACCUUUCCCUCACAUCCGCAUCGCAUCAUCCCCUCCCAAGUUCAACUCUGAGCUCUUGUGCAUAGGACAUCCUGGUUCAGAUGACCUCGAGGUAGAAGAUAGCGAUGCGAAAACAGGGUACGACACAUUGGUGCUUAGCGAAGGGACGUUUCGUGGACUAGCCGAAGAUCAAGAUCCGCAAGACAAUAGCGACAUUGGGGCUUUGAGACACACCUGCUGGACGUACUGGGGACACAGUGGUGCUGGCUUGUUUGAUCGAGUAGCAGGGAGUUUGGUGGGUGUGCAUUCAAGCUGGGAUGAGAAGACCGGUAUGAGGAGAGGAGUGCCACUCGAAGCGGUGGUAUCAUUUCUUGAAGAGUUUGAGACAAGUAGGCGAGAUGCUUUCGGGAGGGAGUGGCAAUGGUAUGUGCAGUGA